AUGUUUCUAUCGACAGCAGUUCUGCUGACAGUCUGCUGCAUGAGGAGGAAGAAAAAGACAUCUAACCCAGAAAACAACCUGAGCUACUGGAAUAAUGCCAUCACCAUGGACUACUUCAACAGGCAUGCUGUGGAGUUACCGAGGGAGAUCCAGUCCCUGGAGACCUCAGAGGACCACCUCUCGGAGCCGCGCUCCCCGGCCAACGGGGACUACCGGGAGAGCGGCAUGGUCCUGGUGAACCCCUUCUGCCAGGAGAGCCUCUUCGUGGGGCACGAGCAGGUCUCCGAGAUAUGA